UACAAUGGGAAACAUGGCGGCGCCUGUUGGGGACACAUAACUGGAUAAUGGCUCAAAUACUGAGUAAUAUCAGUACCGAAUCGUAUCAAGUUUUCGCCCUUAAACUUUAAAUGUUAUUUUGAGUCACAUCGAUAUCUGGAGUCACGAUGUGGACGAACAAGAAGGCGACAGGAGUCUCCCUGAGAGUCCUUGAGCUCCUUCAGCACCCAGGCUCACUGACAGGCUGCAGGACUAGGGGAGGGAGGCGGUAUCUACGGACACUUAUUUCGUCAUCACGGCCACUAUGGAGACUUAUGUCGUAUUCAAGGCCACUGUGGAGGCUUCUAUCGUCAUCAAGCCCCCCAUGGAGGCUUCUGUUCUUUGGUUCAGAUCAGUUUGCUGUAGAGUCACUUAAAGCCCUCACAUCCAGCAGGCACUCCAGUGAUGGGUUACUGGAGUCUCUUGAAGUCGUGACGUUGUCUGAUAACCUCCCAGUGAAAAAGUUUGCCCUACAAAACAACCUUCCAGUCCACAGCUGGCCCCCAGAGGAUGUGAACGGACGGUUUGAUGUCGGUGUGGUGGUUUCUUUUGGCUGUUUACUCCCAGCAAGGCUAAUCAACAAGUUUCCAUAUGGGAUUUUGAAUGUUCAUCCCAGCCUGCUGCCGAGGUGGCGGGGUCCAGCCCCAGUCUUCCACACCAUCCUCCACGGUGAUACUGUGACAGGAGUUAGCAUCAUGCAGAUCCGUCCUGACAGAUUUGAUGUGGGCCCCAUCCUCAACCAGGAGGUCCACCAAGUGCCUGAGAACUGCACUGCUGAUGAGCUUGGCUCUGUCCUCGCUGCCAAAGGAGCACGUCUGCUGAUCGAUACAUUGAAGACACUGUCAGAGCGAAUAGAAAAUCAGACGGAGCAAGGACAGAUGGGUGCAACCUUUGCCCCCAAAAUAAGCACAUCCAUGAGCUGGCUGGUGUGGGAGGAGCAGACGUGUGAUCAAAUCAGUCGCCUGUAUCGUGCCAUUGGAUCUCGGAUACCGCUCAGGACCAUAUGGGGGGACAGAACAGUAAAACUUUCACAGUUUGUAGGAAAAUGUCACAUUUCAUUAUCAGAUGAGAGGAGGAAACCGGUCCCUGGUUCAGUGAGCUUCCUCAUGGAGUCCAACACUCUGGCUGUCUGUUGUAAGGACGGCUGGGUGGGCUUUAAGGAAGUGAUUCUUAAAAAGAAGCUGACGGCAAUGGACUUCUACAAUGGCUACCUUCAUCAGACCAACAACAGAGUUUUUAUUAGUAGGAAAAAAGCAUCUGUAGCUCGUCAAAUAAGUGAAAACUCAAGCUUGUGACCCAAAAGUGCUGCAGUUCUCAAUCUUAUUUUUAUUUUCCAUGUCUGUUUUAAGACAUAGGUGGUUCAUUUACUUGAAGAAUGUAUUUGUAAUGAAUAUUUGCAAAUAAAUAAAA